AUGCGCGUUAGAGCGGCAGGCAUGAAGGCACUGGAGUGUAUAGGCAGCUCAGAGGCCGCGGAUGCUGCUGCUGCUGCUGCAGCAGGAACUGCAGCAAAUGCACCAGCUGCAGCAGGAAGCAAGGCAGCAGCAGCAGGCAAAGGACCAGCAGCAAACAAGGCUGUGGCAGCAAGCAAAGCAGCAGCAGCAGCAGCAGCAGCAGCAGCAGCAGGAGGUGCAGCAACACCUGUUAUUGUCUCUCCGGCUUUGUCUUGCGACAGCUGCAACGAGAGCCGCCUUGCUGCUUCCCCGCUGUUGAUUCCCACAGAUGCUCUAUCCCCAACAGUCUGUAGCAGCAGCAGCAGCAGCAGCAGCAGCAGCAGCAGCAGCAGCAGCAGCUUUGCUUGUGGGGCUGACGAUUUCCUGUGCCUCCCCGAGCGUCUGGGAGCCAUCAACCUGCAGCAGCAGCAGCCCCAGAAGCAGCGUCAGCAGCAGCAGCAGCAGCAGCAGCAGCAGCAGCAGCCGCUGCUGCUGCAGCAAAGUUUUGCUCCGCCUUCUUCUGUCCUCAUUGGCCCUCAAAGUGCGCUUCCCGUGGGCUCAUAUUACUUGACAGGCAAAGACCAGCAGCAGCAGCAGGAGCAGCAGCUGCUGCAACUGCAGCAGCAGGAGCAGCAGCUGCUGCAACUGCAGCACCAGCAGCAGCAACAGCAGCAGAACCCCAGCCUUACAUACACUGAACAGCAGCAGGUGCUGCUGCAGCAGCAACAGCAAUUGCAGUACCAACAGCUGCAGCAGCAACAAUUGCAGCACCAACUCCAGCUGCAGAUGCAGCAGCAGCAAAUGCAGCAGCACCACCUCCCGUUGCCCGAGCAGCAGCAGCUGCAGCAACAACUUCUCCUGACGCAGCAGCAAGAGCUGCACGAACUGCAGCAGCAGCAGCAACAGCAGCAGCAGCAGCUCUGCGAUAGCAGCAAAGGGUUCUGUAGCUGGGAUGUGACAGCAGAUGCCGCGACAGACAGCAAGUACUCGCUGCCAGCUGCUGCAUGCGCAGCAGCAGCAGCACCAGCAGCAGCAGCAGCAGCCCCAGCAGCAGCAGCAGCAGCAGCAGCACGGACGCCAGCAGCAGCAGCAGGACAGAGAGGGAAGCGAACUCUUGAAAGAGAAGCUGGCAGCAAACGCUUCCUGCGGCGUGCUGCUGUGCUGCCGCUGGCAACCCCACAGCCUUUUCAUUUUGCUGCUAAGAAGACACGGGAGAAAGAUGGCAGCUAUUACGGCUUGAGGCAGAGGUCUGCUGCUGCUGCUGCUGCUGCUGCUGCUGCUGCUGCUGCUGCUUCUGGCGCUGUUCCAGGGGUAGAUUCCGUACCUGCACAGCUCUCGACACCUGCAGCAGCACCAGUUGCAGCAUCAGAAGCAGCAGCAGCAGCAGCAGCAGCAGCAGCAGCAGCAGCAAACCCAUCUGCUGCCUGGGGGGCUCCUAUUUCCACGUGCCCUGCAGCAGCAGCUGCUGCUGCUGCUGCAGGCGAUUUCAGCAGCAGCAGCAGCAGCAGCAGCAGCGCGGGAGGCGUUGUGCUGCCUUUUAGAGUCACGCCUGAAGAAGUGGCAGCAGCAAACGCGCUGGUCAGAGAGCCGUUGGACUAUUACGUAACUGUGGGCCAGCAGCAGCAGCAGCAGCAGCAGCAACAGCAGCAGCAGCAGCAGGAAUGCAGCAGGUGCGGCAGAGAAGAGGCCGUAGCAGAGGACCAAACAAGGGCAGCAGCAGCCGCUUUGGAAAUAGUUGUGGCAGCAGCAGCAGCAGCAGCAGCAGCAAAGCCAGCAGUAGAAACUGCAGGUUUGCCUGCAGCAACAGCAGUAAAAGCAGCGCCAACUGCAGCAAACGCUGCAGCAGUGGAAGCAGCUGCAUGA